AUGGCCUCUCCCUCUCCACCAAGACUUAUCAUUGGUCUUGAUUACGGCACGACAUUCAGUGGUAUCAGCGUUUCCAGGCCAUGGGCAGACCCUUCUGCUGUUCAGCUCAUCCAGAAGUGGCCUUCCGACUAUUUGCGCUACAGACAUUCCUGCAAGACGCCAAGCCGGAUUGCAUUUCCCGAAGACAACCCGGAGCUGGCCCAGAAUGAUCUACGAUGGGGGUACCAGGUCGCCCCAACCAUGAUCGCUGCAUCGUGGACCAAGUUGCUACUUGCGGAUACGGGGCCCCCAAUCGGCGACAAGGAUCUAAAAUGGGCAAUUUCACUUGGCUUGAGUCAUUUGCCGCGUGGAAGAUCUUGGGCUCAGGUAAUUACGGCCUACCUGCAUAUGCUCUACAGGCACCUGAGGGCUUUCUUGCGAGAUAAGAUGGCGAUUGAUUCGGAAGGAUGGGGGAGAUGCCUGGAUUCAAUCCAGAUGGAGGUUUGGCUUACUGUCCCAGCGGCUUGGUCUGAGAUCUCGCGAGCAGAUGUUCGACACGCUGCAUUGGAGGCCGGCUUCGGGAGUCGCACAGCCGAUCAGCUUUGUUUGUUGACGGAGCCCGAAGCAGCCCUGAUGGCAACGCUGCAUGGGCGUUUGGAGAAUGGAAGCGCGGUGACGAUUGAACCAGGCGAAUGUGUGGUUAUAUGCGAUUGCGGCGGUGGGAGCGUUGACAUUGCUAGCUAUUUUAUCACGUCCAGAGAUCCCCUGCAGUACCAUGAGCUGGUGCCCAGCACAGGGGAGUUUAUCGGCUCGACCAGCAUCGACCGUGCAUUUUGCCGAUUCUUGUCAGAGCAAUGGGGAGAUUCGUUCAUGCAAGCGCCACGUCAUCUAGUCGCACCAGGUAGCUUCUUGAUGAAGUGGUUCGAAGGUCUUAAGUAUGGAUACUCCGGGACGCCAGGAGACUACGUCCAUCGCCAACGUCUACUUGGUCUUGAUAUUGCACUUUCAAGGAAAGAUUUGUAUUCAAUGUUUGAGCCCGUUGUUAGUCGGGUUUGUGAGCUGCUUAUAACGCAUCUCGAAGAGGCUCGUAAUGCCAUCAAUCAACCCGGAAUACGCGCUAAGGUCUUCCUUGUUGGCGGGUUUAGCGAGUCGAGGUAUCUCCGCCAGGAGGUGACCGAGAUGCUCGAUCGAAAGCGCCAUAUCACCGUCAAUACGCUUAAAGAUCCGUUAGCAAGCAGCAAUCGCAGUUGGGGCUGGCCUUUGGGCCCACCACGUUUCACGCCCGGUCACGAGAAAAACACGGUCAAACUAGGGCGUUGA